CAGGCAGGAGGAGUGUUUUUUCUUGUGAUUUGAUCGCGGGCACAGCCUAAUGUGAGCCAACUGAGUUGUCCCCAAGCACGGCAGCCCGUGGGGACAGCUUUCGGUUUGGACUGGUAAAAAUGACUGAUGGCAAGGAGGACCCUGCUGUGUUCACCACCACUUAUUUGCCCUCAGACCAGCGUCUUCUUGCUACGGUGACCAAUGCGUACCUCGGCACCCGUGUGUACCGUGACAUCCUCCAUGUCAACGGGGUGUACAACGGAGCGGUGGGCGACACGCACCGUGCUGACGUCCCCAGCCCCCUCAGUGUGAGAAUGACUGUGCCUGGUGCGAACAGCCUGGCUGAGACCUUCACCCUGAACACCCAGACGGGAACCUUCAGCCAUGUGCUUCAGUCAACCAAUUAUACAGCCACCCAUCAAAUCUACGCUCACCAUUCCCUUGUUCACCUGAUGGCCUUCAGCAUCACCAUCCAGCGGUCAGCUCACACCGGCCAACCCAUCACGGUGCAGCUCCGGACUCCUUUUGUGCCAGAGAGCCAGGACUUGGACCUGUACCAAGGACCGGACUUCCAGGGAGCACACUAUGUCUAUGGGACAACGCUGGUUCCUGAGGUAGAGGGGGGACCCCGGCCCACUGUUCACAUGCUCUGGACUCCUGUGCCACAAGCCCUGACCUUGUGUGGGGAGGAGUGGGAGCAGUCCUGGGAGUUCCUGACAGCUGUGGCUGAAAGCGAAGAGGAGGUGAAGAGGAGCUACAGCGAGGGGCUGGCCCUCAUUGCCUCUGGCUCCCUGCAUUCCUCCCACACCCGCGCCUGGGACGCGCUGUGGCGAGGGUGCUGCAUCGACCUGGAUGGCCCUCUGCCUCUAAGACAGGCCCUCUACGGGUGUCUAUAUUACCUGCUGAGCGCCAUCCCUCCCCGGGACAACCCGGGUUUCCUAUUCCACGGCAUCAGCCCUGGUGGCUUGUCCAACGGCACCCGGCGUGAGGACUACUGGGGGCACGUCUUCUGGGACCAGGACACCUGGGUGUUCCCGAACAUCCUGCUGUUUUACCCUGAGGCUGCCCGAGCCAUUCUGGAGUACCGAAUUCGCAUGUUGGAAGGAGCCUUACGCAACGCAGAGGAGCAAGGCUACAAGCAGGGUGCUAAGUUCCCAUGGGAGAGUGCAGCCACUGGCCAGGAGGUCUGUCCUGAGGACAUCUAUGGAGCCCAAGAAAUUCACAUCACUGGGGAUGUUUUGAUGGCCUUUGAGCAGUAUUACUACACCACACAGGACCAGAAGUUGUUCAGGGAGGAUGGAGGAUGGAAGCUGGUGGGGGCCGUGGCUCAGUACUGGUGCAGCAGGAUGGUGUGGAGCGAGGAGGAGCAAUGCUACCACAUCAGAGGUGUCAUGCCCCCAGAUGAAUAUCACUACCAGGUUGAUAACUCUGCUUACACCAAUGCCUUGGCCCAGCGGAGCUUACGUUUUGCAGCUGACAUUGCUCAAGACCUCUUGAUCCCUGUGCCAGAGGAGUGGGUGGAAUGUGCCAACAAAGUCAAAGUGCCUUUUGAUAUGGAGAAGAACUAUCAUCCUGAGUACGAUGGUUACAGCCCAGGUGAGCGUGUGAAACAAGCUGAUGUUGUCUUGCUUGGAUUCCCUCUGAUGCACCCCAUGAGCCCUGAGGUCCGGAGGAAUGAUCUGGAGAUAUAUGAACCUGUCACUGAGCUGAAUGGGCCAGCCAUGACCUGGAGCAUGUUUGCGGUGGGCUGGCUGGAGCUGAAGGAGAUGCAGAGAGCACAGAGCCAACUGAACAAGUGUUUCAGCAACAUCACAGAGCCCUUCAAGAUCUGGGUGGAGAAUUCAGAUGGAUCUGGAGCUGUGAACUUCUUGACAGGAAUGGGUGGAUUCUUGCAAGCUGUCCUCUUUGGUUACACAGGGUUCAGGAUCACAAAGACCAGCCUUCUCUUCAACCCCUCGUGUCCUGAUGACGUCCACAAGUUGAAAGUCACCGGUGUCUCCUACUUGGGGAACAAACUGAAGUUCACCAUCACCAAGGAAGAGAUCAGGAUUAAAGUGACUGAAUCUCCCCUUGACCCUCCCGCUCUGCCCCUGGAGGCAGUGCUGGAGGAGUCAGGGCAGCGGUUUCCCCUGGGUGAAGGGCAGAGCAUCUCGUUCCCCACGGCAGCUGGAUGGAUUCAGAGGUCACCCACCAAGGCGCAUUAAAACCUGGCUGAGCUGGGUUUUGCAUGAUGGAGACUAAAAUCUUGAAGUGCAGAUGUCAGAGGAAGAAGCAUGGGGCACCCUUGCGGUGUUCUGGCCUGUGCCAUAAAACUUUUGCCCCCGUGGGACUGUGUAUGC